AUGGCCAUGUCUAGAUUUAUUAAGGCUUUCACAUCCCUGCGCUUCCUGUCAGAGCCUUCCGAUGCUGUCACGAUGCGGGGAGGAAAUGUCCUCCUGAACUGCUCUGCUGAGUCUGACCGAGGCGUCCCGGUUAUCAAGUGGAAGAAAGAUGGCGUCCACCUGGCCUUGGGAAUGGACGAAAGGAAGCAGCAACUUCCAAACGGCUCUCUGUUGAUACAAAACAUACUCCACUCCAGGCACCAUAAGCCAGAUGAGGGACUUUACCAAUGCGAGGCAUCUUUGGGAGAUUCUGGGUCAAUUAUUAGCCGGACGGCGAAAGUUGCAGUAGCGGGACCACUGAGGUUCCUAUCGCAGACAGAAUCUGUCACGGCCUUUAUGGGAGACACAGUGCUACUCAAGUGUGAGGUUAUUGGGGAGCCUAUGCCAACAAUACAUUGGCAAAAAAACCAACAAGACCUGAUUCCCAUCCCAGGUGAUUCCCGAGUGGUGGUGUUGCCCUCUGGAGCCUUGCAGAUCAGCAGACUUCAACCUGGGGACACUGGAAUCUAUCGAUGCUUAGCCCGGAAUCCAGCCAGCUCAAGAACAGGAAACGAAGCAGAAGUCAGGAUUUUGUCAGAUCCAGGACUACAUAGGCAGCUGUAUUUUUUGCAAAGACCAUCCAGUGUAGUAGCCAUUGAAGGAAAAGAUGCCAUCCUGGAGUGCUGUGUUUCUGGCUAUCCUCCCCCGAGUUUUACCUGGUUACGAGGAGAGGAAGUCGUCCAACUCAGGUCCAAAAAGUAUUCUUUACUGGGUGGAAGCAAUCUGCUUAUCUCCAAUGUGACAGAUGAUGAUAGUGGAACUUACACCUGUGUUGUUACAUAUAAAAAUGAGAAUAUUAGUGCCUCUGCAGAGCUCACGGUCUUGGUUCCGCCAUGGUUUUUAAAUCACCCUUCCAACCUGUAUGCCUAUGAAAGCAUGGAUAUUGAGUUUGAAUGUUCCGUCUCUGGAAAGCCUGUGCCCACUGUGAAUUGGAUGAAGAAUGGAGAUGUGGUCAUUCCUAGUGAUUAUUUUCAAAUAGUGGGAGGAAGCAACUUACGAAUCCUUGGAGUGGUAAAGUCAGAUGAAGGCUUUUAUCAAUGUGUAGCUGAAAAUGAGGCUGGAAAUGCCCAGACCAGUGCACAGCUCAUUGUCCCUAAGCCUGAAGCUGCCUUUCCAACCAUGGCACCAACAUCUCUGACCACCUCCUCUCCUUCCUUCCUAGCUAUCCCAAGCUCCAGUGUCCUCCCUUCUGCUCCCAGAGAUGUGGUCCCCGUGUUGGUUUCCAGUCGGUUUGUCCGUCUCAGCUGGCGCCCACCUGCAGAAGCAAAAGGGAACAUUCAAACCUUCACGGUCUUUUUCUCCAGAGAAGGUGACACAGGUAGGGAACGAGCAUUGAAUACAUCCCAGCCUGGGUCCCUUCAGCUUACUGUGGGAAACCUGAAGCCAGAAGCCAUGUAUACCUUCCGAGUUGUGGCCUACAAUGAGUGGGGACCAGGAGAGAGUUCUCAACCCAUCAAAGUGGCCACUCAGCCAGAGUUGCAAGUUCCAGGGCCAGUAGAAAACCUGCAAGCUGUAUCUACCUCACCUACCUCAAUUCUUAUUACCUGGGAACCCCCUGCCUAUGCAAAUGGUCCAGUCCAAGGUUACAGAUUGUUCUGCACUGAGGUGUCCACGGGAAAAGAACAGAAUAUAGAGGUUGAUGGACUAUCUUAUAAGCUGGAAGGCCUGAAAAAAUUCACGGAAUAUACUCUUCGAUUCCUAGCUUAUAAUCGCUAUGGGCCAGGAGUAUCUACUGAUGACAUAACAGUGGUUACACUUUCUGAUGUGCCAAGUGCCCCGCCUCAGAACGUCUCCCUGGAAGUAGUUAAUUCAAGGAGUAUCAAAGUAAGCUGGCUGCCUCCUCCAUCAGGAACACAAAAUGGAUUUAUUACCGGCUAUAAAAUUCGACACAGAAAGACGACCCGCAGGGGUGAGAUGGAAACAUUGGAGCCAAACAACCUCUGGUACCUGUUCACAGGACUGGAGAAGGGAAGUCAGUAUAGUUUCCAAGUGUCAGCCAUGACAGUCAAUGGCACUGGACCACCUUCCAACUGGUAUACAGCAGAGACUCCUGAGAAUGAUCUGGAUGAGUCUCAAGUCCCUGACCAGCCAAGCUCUCUUCACGUGAGGCCCCAGACCAAUUGCAUCAUCAUGAGUUGGACUCCUCCCUUGAACCCAAACAUCGUGGUGCGAGGUUACAUAAUUGGUUAUGGCGUUGGGAGCCCUUAUGCCGAGACAGUGCGUGUGGAUAGUAAACAGCGAUAUUAUUCUAUUGAGAGGUUAGAGUCAAGUUCCCAUUAUGUCAUCUCCCUAAAAGCUUUUAACAAUGCAGGAGAAGGAGUUCCUCUUUAUGAAAGUGCCACCACCAGAUCUAUAACAGAUCCCACUGACCCAGUUGAUUAUUAUCCUUUGCUGAUGAUUUUCCCCACCUCGGUCCCAGAUGUCUCCACCCCCAUGCUCCCACCAGUAGGUGUACAGGCUGUGGCUCUUACCCACGAUGCUGUUAGGGUCAGCUGGGCAGACAACUCUGUCCCUAAGAACCAAAAACAUCUGAAGUGCGACUUUACCACUGUCCGGUGGAGGACCAGCUUUUCUGCGAAUGCGAAGUACAAGUCAGAAGACACAACAUCUCUGAGUUACACAGCAACAGGCCUCAAACCCAACACGAUGUAUGAGUUCUCGGUAAUGGUAACAAAAAACAGAAGGUCAAGCACAUGGAGCAUGACUGCCCACGCCACCACAUAUGAAGCAGCCCCGACCUCUGCUCCCAAGGAUUUGACAGUCAUUACUAGAGAAGGGAAGCCUCGUGCUGUCAUUGUGAGUUGGCAGCCUCCCUUGGAAGCCAAUGGGAAAAUUACCGAACAUACAAUUGAUGACUGGGUUAUGGAAACAAUCAGUGGUGAUCGGCUUACUCAUCAAAUCAUGGAUCUCAACCUUGACACUAUGUAUUACUUUCGAAUUCAAGCACGAAAUGCAAAAGGAGUUGGGCCCCUGUCUGAUCCCAUCCUCUUCAGGACUCUGAAAGGAUACCCAUACCCUGUUAAACCCUUGGAAGAGGUACAAGAUGCAUGUCAAUCUCUGUCUAUCACAUGUGUUGUCCUCUCCAGUAAACUAAGCUUCUCCAUGUUGGCCUGUCAAGAAAUAGGAAGACAGGAUGCUUCUGCCAAAACAGACCAAAGUCGUCAUGGAGAUGGAGGUUAUUGGCCAGUUGAUACUAAUUUGAUUGAUAGAAGCACUCUCAAUGGUAAUGAUAACCUAAUGCAUCUAUUUUCUCAAAGAGGACAUAUGGGUUCUAGGUUUAGACCACCCAUUGGCCAGAUGCACCCCCCACACGGCAGUGUCACUCCUCAAAAGAACAGCAACCUGCUUGUAAUCAUUGUGGUCACCGUUGGCGUCAUCACAGUGCUGGUGGUAGUGAUCGUGGCUGUGAUUUGCACCCGGCGCUCUUCAGCCCAGCAGAGAAAGAAACGGGCCACCCACAGUGUUGGCAAAAGGAAGGGCAGCCAGAAGGACCUCAGGCCCCCUGAUCUUUGGAUACAUCAUGAAGAAAUGGAGAUGAAAAAUAUUGAGAAGCCGUCAGGUACUGACCCUACAGGAAGGGACUCCCCCAUCCAAAGUUGCCAAGACCUCACACCAGUCAGCCACAGCCAGUCAGAAACCCAGCUGGGGAGCAAAAGCACCUCUCAUUCAGCCUUGGUUACUGUAAAGAUCAACUUUUGUCCCCGUGUAAUCACAUUAUAUGAUCACUAG